AUGGCCCACGAUUCUAAGCUCCUCGAGCCACCAAAAGGCCAAUAUUUUUUGGCUGGACGGACUUUUCAGCGGGUUAAAUGGUGGAAAAGACCCAACAUGCGCCUUUUAUACUUCUAUAUUGCGGUUCUAAUCGCGACUAAUACGGCCAAUGGAUUCGAUAACUCCAUGAUGAAUGGGCUACAAUCGUUAUCCUACUGGCAGGAUUACUUCAAUCAUCCCAAAGGACCAACCCUCGGCUUGUUUAACUGUGUCAUGAGUGCCGGAGCUCUAACUGGCCUCGUGUUCCUACCUUAUAUGCUAGAUCAUUUCGGACGCAAGCCGUGUAUAGUCUUUGGUUCUUUCUUCAUGCUCCUUGGAGUGGCGUUGCAGUCAGGGUCUAUAAAUUUCUCGAUGUUUGUAGGGGCAAGAUAUAUUCUUGGGUUUGGAGAUAUCAUUGUCAUCUGUACAGCACCACUUCUCAUUACGGAAAUUGCACCAGCCCAAGAUCGAGCUAUUCUGGUCACGAUAGCUGGUGCGACAUACCAUUCUGGUGCUUUCAUCGCGGCGUGGACCACAUAUGGAACGCUGAAGAUUAAAAACGAAUGGUCGUGGAGAGCACCUAGUCUAAUUCAAGGACUAUUCACGUUGCUUAUGCUGGCAGUGGUGUGGUGGAUUCCAGAGAGUCCAAGAUAUUACAUCUCAAAGGACCAGCCAGAGAAAGGACUGCAAAUUCUAGCCCACUACCACGCGGAAGGAAAUGAAGAUGACGAAGUAGUUCAACUUGAGUACAUAGAGAUCACGACAGCAAUUGCCAUGGAAAGGAAUUCUGAACACUCGAGUUCAUUUCUGGACUUUCUGCGCACCCCAGGGAACCGCAAAAGAACAUUGAUUAUCAUUACUUUCGGUCUUUUCGCCCAGUGGUCAGGAAACGGAUUAGUUUCCUACUACUUGAACCUAAUCAUGGAUAGUAUCGGUAUCACUGAUCCCAACAAGCAGCUGUUGAUCAAUGGUGCUCUCACUUCCUUCAGUCUCGUUACAAAUGUUUUCUUCAGCUUUUUUGUUGACCGAUGGGGGCGAAGACCUAUCAUGAUUGUAAGCUCCGCAGGGAUGCUAGCUUCUUUCGUGGUCUGGACAGCCCUUUCAGCACGAUACGACAUACAUGCCAGUCCGAGCCUGGGAUCAGGAGUGUUGGGCAUGAUUUUCAUCUAUUACCUCUUCUAUAAUCUGAAGUCGGGUUUGAUCGCAAGCUAUACCACAGAAAUUCUGCCAUACAGCAUGCGAGCAAAGGGCUAUACAAUUAUGGAAUUUGCUAUGUAUAUUGCGUUGUUCUUCAAUCAGUACGUCAAUCCGAUCGCUCUAAAUAACAUCCACUGGCGCUAUUAUAUCUUCUAUUGCUGCUUCCUGGCAGUGGAGAUUGUCGUCAUUUGGGUGUUUUAUGUGGAAACACGUUAUGUGCCGUUGGAAGAGAUCACCAAGUUGUUCGAUGGCGAAGACGUUGUUGCAGCAACAAACGUGGAGAUGGAAAAGGCAAUUGAAUCAGGCAAGGGAUUCACGACGGCUGUUCACAUUGAGCAGGCGAAUUGA